AUGUACGCCCCAACCAACGUUAUCUCGCCACAGGAUAACUCUCGGGACCACGCCAUGUCUCCCACUCUCGAAAACCGUGCACCUUACCAACGACCAGAAAGAAAGAUCCCUUCAACUUUCUUUGACAGCAGCCCGCCGAGAGCUAGCGAAGCGCCUGUCACCAUAAGCAUUCCGUAUCAAGCACCACAGAGACAUCCUUCUCAGCACAUAUCCAACAACAAUCACCGUUUCGGGGCAGUCGGACCGAUGCUGCAGUCCAGUUUUGACGAACGUCACGUUCAACAAUCGCCAGCUCCCCAUCAUCCAUCGCUUGCAAGGCCGCCUUCUUCGUUGGUGACAAAUCAACCUCAAAGGGCUGCACUUACAGCUCUAACGCUGCCAGCUCAACAUCAUAAAGUGCCACUGCCACCACCCUCUGUACCACGGACCAGAUUCAGCCCUCCUCCAACUUUUCAACGAUUUCCGCAGCCAGCGAUAGCAAGUCCUCAAGAGCGAGGUAUUGGAUCCUAUAGGGGAGGAGCUGCAAAAAGCAGUGGGCGAAACUAUGCCAAGCGUCCACCACCGGCAGAGGAAGCCGAUAACUUCUUUUCUUCAUCCGAGGAUCAUCACGGCGAGAGGCCUACCAGAGAUAGUUUCGAAGAUAUUCGACAAAACAUCGAGAGUGAGCCUUACAGUCAGCCAACCGGCCAACGAAGACCUCUUUUUACACUACCGAAGCCAAUCGACUUUGGGCUGUCCAAAAUGGACCAAAAAGGUUGCAAGACUACCGUCAAGGAGGUUAAGCAUGUUCCUAAGGAGGCGCUCGGAGGGGCAGGGACAGACCUUCAUUCGCUAUUUCGUCACAAACGAGGCGCUCCUGAGGAGUCCAAGAUGACGAGUAUCAUCAUGACGAAAGAGUGUUUCUUUCCCGAGGACCCUGGUUCUGAGAAAGAAAACAGCAACCGCCGGUUACAAUCGCAUGUAGACUCAACUAAUCCCGCCUCUUACACCGCACCGGUGAAGGACUACCUGAAAAGCCACGACCCUCAAACAAGGUCUACCCAGAAUACGCCAACCUACGACUCCUUCUACCCUCGACCUCGUCACAACGGCCAUCCGUUAGGACCUGCUCUAAGCGAAACGACACAAUACGACAAGAACAAGUUUCAGACGUUCAGUUUCUCACCGCAACACUUCGAAGGCUCGUUGGCCAACUUCCCGUCGUUCGAUAGUCCCCAAGAUUCAAGCUCGAAAAGGUACACCGAACGCCAAGGAGGUCUGAGGGGAUCAGCCACAGCAUUCGGUGGACGUCCCGAAGAAGACCGAGGUCGGUACCGGGGAGACGGCAGACCGUGGUAUCGGGAUAACCAGAACGACCAUUACCAGAGGGACCACAGUGAGGAGCGCUAUCACGGACCACGCUACGAGAACGAACCAUCCCGUGAACGCGAAGGAGGUCACGGUCGAUGGUCGCGUCCUCUGGCCAGCGGAACUCACUCGAAGCGUCGAGGGCCGCCACCGCCGAAGACGACCAGCAGGAGCUUCGCAUUUUACAGGAGAGAUGAAAACCCGAAGAAGGACCGAUUCGUGGAGAGCUACUCAACGGCCAAUAAGAAGUCCUUCAGGUCUGACUACGAUAGCGACCGUGAUGGCUUCUUCUAA